UCACAAAGCCACAUCCCCUUCUCCAAAAUCCUUUCCUAUUUUGUUUUGCGAAACCCAGUCCCCAAGUAACACCAUUCUCCUCCUCUUCCUCUUCCUCUACCUCUUCUUCUUCCUCCGGUGUUCUAUUAAUCCCUAAACCCCUUCUCUUCCAUGGAAUUUCUCUUCAUCUGAACUUUCACUCACCAAUUCUUUCGAUCAAACCAAAUAGAUCGAUUCUCCAUGGCUUCCACUUCUUCCACUCAUCAAUGCUCCAUCUCCUUCGAUUCCGACGACUUCUCCCCUGAAGAACACUUCGUCGCUCAAAUCCUCCAACAAUUACCUCUUCUCAUUCAACAAUCCCACUUCUCUCUUGGCCUAUCACCUUCCUGGCCUAUCCGACGCAAGAGAUCCGCCGUCGAUUCCCCGCCGGACACGUCCUCCCUCAUCACUCAACCGCCGCUUCCACCACCACCUUGUCUACCGUCGUCCGAGAGAGAAAAGGAGUCUAGUCCAACUACUCCGCUUUCACUCCACUCCUUGCCCUUGUCAAGGAGUGAAUCUGAUGAGAAUACUACUAUUGCUAAGGUCUCCAAGAAGAAAGCCCCUGUCGAUAAGAAAUCUCAGUAUUUGGAAACCAUAGAGAAAUUAACCCACCAGAAACAAGCUCUGGAAGGGGACAUUGAAGCUAUGAAGCGACAUUUUAUCAAUCUGAAAACUAUAAAUUCGGAGUUGAAAGCCAAAAAGCAAGAGAUUCUGGGUGGUUUCAGUAAUCUAUCAGUAAAUCCAAAAUUUGGGACCUCAACUUCGGUCGCCAUGGAAAUAGCUAAGUUAACAGUGAAAUCCUCAGACUCAAAUGUGGAGAAUAAUCACGAUGAAUGUGAACCGUCGAUGAAGAAUCAGACGGUUCCAGUGGCAGAACAGAGCAACAGUAUUCAGAAUUACCAAAUUCCAAUUGGGGGAAUUCCUUUGUAUGAUCCUUCAUUGGGCCCAAUGGGGAUUCCUGAUUUGAACCUCUCUUUGGAAGAUAUUCUUCAUAAGAAUUACACAAAAUAUUUGGCUGCUAAAGCAAGACAAAACAGAAUUCAGAUCUGGAAAAACAAGAACAACAACAACAACAACAAUGGAGCUCCCAAAUUGCAAUCCUAAUUCCACUAUUUUCCUCCUUUUUUUUUCUUUUUAAUCUUAGGAUUCAAUUCAUCAUUCACCAAUCCCUGUUUUGAUUCAUGAAUUGGGGUAGUUUUUAAUUUUAUUUUUUCAAUUGGGUUACUCAAAUUGUAAAGGUACAGAAUCUCAGAGUAAGAGUAAGAGCUGACCCUGCUCCCAAAUAUUUCUCUUAAUAUAUAUCUUGUGUUUUUUUUUUUCC